UGGCUACGCACGAGCACAGAUGACCACGUCCGGAGUCUGAGCGCACUCCCAUUGGCUAAGCGAGCGCAACGUGUACAUUACAGCAGCGACAGGUACCUCACAUGCGACAGUUAUCUUUCAUCCUUAGAGCAGAACGACAGACGCUUCUUCCACUCAACCGAAACUUUAAUUCUGAGGAUAUUAUUGAUGUUUCACGGUGAAAACUAUUCUUCUACAUACACAGGCAUCUUACUUUCAUUUUUAAAGUGUGAGGAAGAGGGGUCACUGAAUCAGGCUGAAGGAUGAAGUCUAAAGGGAAGGCCGCUAAGUCAUCCAGAAAACCCUGGACUGAGCCAGACCCCGAACCAGAGACCAGUGACACCAGUGAACCAGGCUCUAGCGAACAGGAGGGCUCUGAGGCUUCGGUCCAUAUCGGAGGCUCCUGGAGGGGGGUCCUGAGGGGCGGGGAUCGCGAGCAAGGUAGAGGAGGAGGGGGUGCCACCCACAACCCCCACAGACGCCAACGGUCUCACAACAGCAACAAAGAACGCAACCUCCGGCGGCUGGAGAGCAACGAGCGAGAGCGCCAACGCAUGCACAAACUUAACAACGCUUUCCAGGCCCUCAGAGAGGCCAUCCCACAUGUCAAAAUGGAUAAGAAGCUCUCCAAGAUCGAGACGCUGACGCUGGCCGAGAACUACAUCAAGUCCCUGACCACCAUCAUCCUGGGGAUGUCCAGCGCCCGCCUGCCCCCCGGGGAGACACCGACAGAGGCUAGCGCUGCCAGACUGCUCCAGUGUUACCAGCAGCACCUGGAGGAGGAUGGGGAGGAGAGCCUGUCUCAGUUCCUCACCCAGAUUCACAGCUUUAGCCAGGAAAGCUAACAGCUAGCAGGUGCUAACUCAACAGCCGAAGGGUUGGAGCAUUCAUGCUUGACUUGGGGAGCGAAUCUCAACUGACACUAUCUCCCAUAUUGUGCACUGCUACUGUACUUGUGAUCGAAAGUAGUACACUGUAUGGGGAAAGAUUGUCAUCUGAGAUGCAGCCUUAUACUCCACCAAGCUAGUGAGCUAUAGUGACAUACCGGACAUCACCAUGCACUAAAUGGAGCAUAUAAGAACUUGACUCAGUAACUCUAUUAGACAGUGGUGGGAGGUGAUUCGUAGCACCAUACCCUUGACAUUAAUUCUAAGAGAACAUAAUGGUGGAGUAUAAGUGAAGACACAGACAGCAUCCUCCCACCUGACUUGGCUGGCUGAAGCAAAGCACCUGUGGACUUUGCCAGUCUAGACAUAGGCCUAGCAUGAAUAGUGACAGACAGAAUACCCAGAGGACUAUGCUAAAACAUAUGACUUGGAUCCUGACUCUGAUUGGUGGUGAGAACCAAGAGUGGACAGACUUCUGACCGACCAACGUCAAAGAACAAUUCAGCGCCCUUUUAUUUAAUCUGGUUUCAUUUCAUUGUCUUUUAUUUUCAUUCAUUUUUUCUAACUGCUGAUUACUGUAGUUAAAUUGGUCAACAAUGUAAAAUAACUGGAUUGUCAAAGUAUAGUUCAUUAUCUAACUAAAAACCAGCAUACACUGUGGCCCUCAGGGGCCACGAGCUGUGUAGAUAGGACAGGCCACCCCUGCUGUAGAUGAAGACUUGUUUUCAACCUUUUAGGACCAACGUUUGGUUUUCCCUGCUGAGCACUGCCUCUGGACACAACAGUCACACACAGGACAAGGAUAUGCUUAAAUAGACUGGUCCUACAGACUUUAGUCAAAUACUGUACUCUUUAAGUAAGGAAACGAAAACACACCGUCAUUGAAAUGAAGUGCGAAUCGUUAUGACUGUAGAUAUAUGUAUACAUGUGGGAAUAACAGUUUGAAGGGUUGAAGCAGGGAAUUGAACCCAUGCAGUCGGUGGAGAAGCUGGCAGUUACCACUAGACCCACAGGCUCUGCAGAGAUGUAGAUUUGUACAUGUCAGAAUUGAUGUGUUGACCAAGUGCUCUCUAUGACAUCAUCUCCAAACUGCAAUGGUAUCUUGCAAGUGCAUUUACAGAGCUGUAAAAGGGUCCUUCCAACGGCAGGAUAGUGGGUUCGAUUCCCGGGAACACGUGUAUGAAAAAAAAUGUAUGGAUGCAUGACAGUAAGUCACUUUGGAUAAAAGCGUCUGGGUUAUUAUAUAAAAAUAGUGGUGUGUGUGUAUGUAACAGGUGAAUUUGAUAAUGAAGACAUAAUUUAUGUUGCUUUUAACAAUGUGUGUUUGAAUUAUACUGUAAUAUCUUUGUAGCCUGAGUUCCGAGUCUUGGAUCAUGAGAAUAAAAUAAAAAAUACAAUAA